CUCAAAGAUCUCGAAAAGUUCGCCAUUAGUUUCAAAACUCGGCGAAUAAGGCUCGGAUUUACUCAGACUAAUGUCGGAAAUAGCUUAGCUAAAAUCCACGGCUCGGUUUUUAGCCAAACGACAAUUUGUCGAUUCGAGAACCUCCAGCUCAGCUACAAAAACGCUUGCAAGCUGCGGCCAAUUUUGAAGCAAUGGCUGGAAGAUGCUGAGAAGAAUAUCACUGAUGAUAAAUUAGACAGACGCCGAAAACGACGAACAACAAUCGGCUUAAGGGCCAAGGAUGCCCUUGAAGCCCAUUUUUUCAGACGGCCCAAGCCCACCUCCUACGAAAUUUUCCAAGUGGCCCAGACGCUCCGUCUAGACAAGGAAGUAGUCAGAGUCUGGUUCUGUAACAGGCGACAGAGGGACAAAAGGGUGAAG